AAGAAAGGUUCACAACUACGUCGCGCAGAACAAAACUUCCAAGUCGUGCUUCCAAAGUACUCAAGAAGCAUCCUGUUUUCCUACGAUCUGUGUUGCCAUGGAUGGUGAAUCUGUUUCGCGCAGAUUAGUCGCGGAUCCAUCCAAAAAGAAGCCCGAAGAGAAGGUUGAUGGCGCAUCCCAGGCAUCUUCAACUUCCUACCCUCGAGAUGAGCAUACUCGCAAUACACCACAACCGGACCAGGUUGGGAUGCUCGCACAGAUCCAUGGGAAGCUUUCGGCCGUUCCAUGGUGGCUUGUACUGGGUGUAGUGCUAUCGUGCUGCAUGCUCAUCGCCUACAAUCCUUUGAGGAAGACAGAUCUCCGCUCAACUCUGCGAGACCUCCCGUCGAUACGUGACAUGUCCAUUGAAUCAUUGCAAUUCCAUCUUGCGCAGGGCCAUUUUUCGUCUGAGGAUCUUGUGAGGACCUACUUGGGAAGGAUCGAUGAGGUCAAUUCACAGAUCCAUGCUGUUGCUGAAGUCAACCGCGACGCCAUUGCAAUCGCUCAAACUCUGGAUCAUGAAAGGAGCAUUCAGGGAUCUCGAGGUAUUUUGCAUGGCAUCCCGGUGCUCGUGAAGGAUUCAAUCAGCUCUGUGGGCAUGAACAAUACUGCUGGAUCGUACUGCCUGGUGGGAGCUAAGACCAAGAAAGAGGCCUCUUUGAUAACUCGUCUUCGAAAAGCUGGAGCGAUCAUCCUUGGAAAAGCUAAUAUGUCGGAAUGGGGGAAUUCCAGGUCCUCCGCCAAACAUCAGUCCAAUGGUUGGAGCGCUUGGCAAGGCCAAACUUUCGGUGUCUACCAUGAUCUUCAAGAUCCUUGUGGAAGCAGCAGCGGCUCAGGUGUGGCGUUGACCCUAGGAUUAGCUGCUGCUACUAUUGGCGUCGAAACAGUUGGGAGCUUAGUAUGUCCCGCAGCAAAAAGCAAUGUUGUAGCUAUCAAGCCGACAGCUGGUUUGGUGGCGAACGACAAUAUUGUUGUCACAAGACUUCGUGGCACAGCAGGUCCAAUGGCGCAUUCCAUCAGAGACGCCGCAAUACUCCUGGAGUGGAUGGUUGAUCCGAGUGAGCGGAAUAUUGACACACAGAAAAUACCAUUUGAAUACGUUCCCGGAUACAACACUUCGUGCAACGACCACGGUCUGAGGGGAAAGAGGAUUGGCAUUCCACGGAAUAGCAUCGAAAAUCCAUUCGCAAAAGAUACAAGCAUGUAUCUUGAGCCGGUAAUGCGAGCCUUCGAGCAAGCUUUGAUCAUCAUGCGCAGGCAGGGUGCCACUAUCAUCGAUAAUGCGAAUUACACGUCGUACCAUGAACUUAACGACAAUAAUCCUAUGAGUGUUGUCGGCCCUUCUGAGUACAAACACUACAUGGAGGUUUACUUUUCAGAGCUUGAAGAGAACCCCAACGACAUUCACAAGAUCGAGGAUAUGAUACGAUGCACACAAUCGCAUCCGAAGGAAGAUUAUUCAUCUCGGGAUACAGAAUAUUGGGAGAAGGCACGAGCUGCAGUCGAGUUCGAUGGACCCGAUUUCCGAGCCUCCUUGAAGCGUCUGCUGAAAAUGUGUGGCGAGGAUGGUAUUGAUGGGGCUUUGAAGAAAGCCAAAGCUGAUGCUCUGGUGUAUCCAACACUGCUCAGCGCAGAUAUGCCUGGCUUCGCUGGCUACCCAAUCAUCACCGUUCCACUUGGAUUCAUGCCUGCCGAAACGCCAGUUGUCAGAAACGCGCGUGGUGACCUCGUCUGGGACGGACCAGGAAUCCCAUUCGGCCUCGCUUUCAUUGGCGCGCCAUUUUCUGAAGCAUUACUCAUUGAGCUGGCACAUGCGUUCGAGACGGCUACGAAGUAUUCCUCGCAACAACUACCUUCGAUUUUGCCCCGUAUCGAGAUAAGAGACAUAGUGAAUCGGAAAGCUUGAUGUGGUGGUUCACAGACCCAGAGACGAUUGAUGGAAAAGUGGUACCGAGAGGAAACACAACCACAAGGAUGAGGGUUGGUAGAUAUGCUGCGGUCAACAGUUAAAAUACGUUGGCAAGUGGAGAGUACCACUGAUAUUUGUUGUAUGAGCUCUCAACAGCUUCCCGACCUCAUGUUUUCUGCCUGGCAGUAGUACAAUUAUGUUCACGGGAAGACAGAUGUGUUGUCAUAAACAGGAGCGACGACCAAUUUUACCAUGAUGGCCAGUUCAGG